AUGCCAGUAUUCGGCUUCAACAGACUUCCAUCAAGCGAUGAGCGACCUCCAAAUCGUAACGGGGUUCUCGAUCCUGAUCAGUGGAUUCGCACAACUUCAUUGCGGCCUUUCAGGCUAUCACUGGGUUUUCAUUAUCAAACUCGCUUGGUUCUCAAGUCUGACCCAUUUGUCAUGUCUGACCGUAUUGCGCAGUCACCUCUAUAG